GGUGUUUCUGUGUAGGCUGUAUGAGGCCUGUGUCGCCUUCGCGAGCUCUCCUGCGCGCGCAUGCGUGCGUGUGCGCGUUAUUUGCUCUCAGUUUAACCUCGGAACAGCGAUUCGAGGCGACUCAAACACGGUCGCUUUCAAAUCUCUCUCUUUCUCUCUCUGUCUCCUCGCCCCCUGCUCCCUCCUCUUCCUCCUCCACCUCCCUCCUCUUCCUACCUGAUUCAGAUCUGCGCCGACGCUAUGCGUAUGACCGCGUCUCUCUCUGCAAGGCGAGCACCACCGGAGAGACCCGCACGCCGUUGCUGACCGCCGGCCGCCCGCGAGCACCCAACGCCGGCUGACGAGCGACCCAGGCCGGGCAACAGGAGCGGGGAGACACCGCCGCUGAUUAACCUCCGCCGGAGGAGAAGGAGGACGAAAUUAACGGGCGAAGAGUUGGCCCUGGAUAGAGAGAUCGGCAAGAGGACGAGUGUGGCAUCCCGGAGCCUGCUGUCCCAUUCGUCAUCCUCUCCUCUCUUCCUCUACUUAGCCAAGCUUUCAUCACGCCAAACUCCACUCUUUCCUCUUCCAUCUCUUCUUCUUCUUCUCCUCUUUUAUUCAGAAGCCCUCCUCUUGUUCUGCAACUGGCAAACUUUGCAUCCAUUGCUAUAUCUGUGUCUUCUCACUCUCUCUGUCCUUCUUCCCAUCCCGCCGCUGUCUUCCCUCUCUCUUCCUUUGCCUUCGACUGAGCUCGUCAUGGCUUCUAAACUAAACCCCAACGUCCUGUAUGUGGAGGGGCACGGCGAGUCGCUGGGGUCACCCCAAGCGGACUCUGAAAGGACUCAUAUUGCUGGAGAAGCUGGAGAAGAGUCAUCAGACAGCGACGGGGAGCAAGAAGAGACGUCACACAAGUUGAUCCGCAAAGUGUCGACCUCGGGACAGAUAAGGGCCAAGAAAAGUGUGAAGGAGGGAAUCCUGUUAAAGCAGACUAGUUCCUUCCAGAGAUGGAAGAGGAGGUACUUCAAACUCAGAGGGAGGACACUCUACUAUGCCAAAGACUGCAAGUCUCUGAUUUUUGAUGAAGUGGACCUAUCAGACGCCAGUGUGGCUGAGACCAGCACCAAGAACAUCAACAACAGCUUCACGGUGAUCACUCCAUUUCGCAAACUAAUGUUAUGUGCUGAGAGCAGGAAGGAAAUGGAGGACUGGAUCAGCGCUCUCAAAUCGGUCCAAAAAUGGGAAACCUAUGAGGCCAGUCAAUUCAACAUGGAGCAUUUCUCUGGGAUGCACAACUGGUACGCCUGCUCGCACGCCAGACCGACCUUCUGCAACGUCUGCAGAGAGGCUCUGCCAGGCGUCACCUCCCACGGCCUGUCCUGUGAAGUUUGUAAGUUCAAGGCUCAUAAGCGCUGUGCAGUUCGCUCCACCAACAACUGCAAAUGGACCACAUUGGCCUCCAUAGGAAAUGACAUUAUUGAGGAUGAGGAAGGGGUGUUCAUGCCCCACCAGUGGCUGGAGGGCAACCUGCCGGUCAGUGCCAGAUGUGUGGUGUGUGACAAGAACUGUGGCAGCGUGCGGCGGCUGCAGGACUGGCGCUGCCUCUGGUGCAAAGCCAUAGUCCACAACAGCUGUAAAGAACAAAUGGGGAAGGUGUGUCCCUUGGGUCAAUAUCGAGUGUCAAUCAUCCCUCCCACUGCACUUAACAGCAUCGACUCAGAUGGCUUCUGGAAGGCCACCUCAGCAUCGUGCACCAGUCCUCUCCUGGUCCUGGUCAACUCCAAAAGCGGAGACAACCAGGGGGUGAAGUUCCUCCGCAAGUUCAAGCAGCUUCUCAACCCGGCUCAAGUCUUUGACCUGAUGAACGGAGGACCAGAGCUCGGCCUGCGCCUUUUCCAGAAGUUUGUGACGUUUCGUAUCCUGGUGUGCGGAGGAGACGGCAGCGUGGGCUGGGUGCUCUCAGAGCUGGAUAAACUCAACCUCCAUAAACAGUGCCAGCUCGGCGUGCUGCCUCUGGGCACAGGUAACGACCUGGCUCGUGUUCUGGGCUGGGGUGGCCUCUGUGACGAUGAUGCUCAGCUGCUGCAGAUCCUGGAGAAGCUGGAGAGAGCCACCACCAAAAUGCUGGACCGAUGGAGUGUGAUGACGUACGAGGUGCCCACCACCACUAAACGCACACCGAUAGUGAAGGAAGAGAACUGCCUUGAUUCUCCUCUGCAGGUCCACAUCACUCAGUAUGCAGACUCCGUGGCCUCCCACCUCGCCAAGAUCCUGGACUCGGACAAGCACAGUGACGUCAUUUCCUCUGCCAAGUUUCUGUGUGGGACAGUGAAUGAUUUUGUGGCGGAGGUGGGGAAGGCGUACGAGAGAGCCACAGAGAACAAGGAGGAGGCAGAUGCCAUGGCAAAGAAGUGUGCAUUGCUGAAUGAGAAGCUCGAUUCCCUCGUCAAGGCCUUAAGUGAGGAAGCGGAGGCCCAGGUGGUGCCAGCAGGUUCGGUCCCCAGCCAGGAGAGCGGCGGCUCGAGCCCCAGUCAAAGUGGCGGCGAGUCGGGUUCAGAGGGUAAAACGUACCGGUCCAAGGAGCAGCUGAUGCUCAGGGCCAACAGCCUGAAGAAAGCCCUGAGGCAGAUCAUCGAGCAGGCCGAGAAAGUGGUGGACGAGCAGAACCGACACACGCAGGUCCAGAGGAUGUCGUCCUCGUCCUCCAUCAAAAGAGAAAACAGCGAGGAGCUGAAGGAUGCUGAGCCACGUCAAGGCAGCUUAAGUCCCACCUCCCUAAUUGUCCUUGAGAAACCGGAGAGCCUCAACACUGUCACCUUCAGCGAGGAGUCUAUACAAUGUUCAGAGAAGUGUGUGAUGAACAACUACUUCGGCAUCGGCCUGGACGCCAAGAUUUCCCUCGAGUUCAACAACAAGAGAGACGAGCACCCAAAAAAAUGCAGCAGUCGCACCAAGAACAUGAUGUGGUACGGAGUGCUGGGGACUAAAGAGCUGGUCCAGAAGACGUACAAGAACCUGGAGCAGAGAGUUCAGCUGGAGUGUGACGGUGUUCCCAUGUCUCUGCCGAGUCUGCAGGGCUUAGCUGUGCUCAACAUCCCCAGCUAUGCAGGUGGUAUCAACUUCUGGGGAGGCACCAAGGAGGAUAAUAACUUUGGCGCUCCGUCAUUUGAUGAUAAGAAGUUGGAGGUGGUGGCGGUGUUUGGCAGCAUGCAGAUGGCCAUGUCCAGGGUCAUCAACCUGCAGCACCACCGCAUUGCACAGUGCCGCCAGGUGAAAAUCACCAUCCUCGGGGAGGAGGGGGUUCCUGUGCAGGUGGACGGAGAGGCCUGGAUCCAGCCGCCUGGCAUCGUCAAGAUCGUCCACAAGAACCGAGCGCAGAUGCUCACCAGAGACAGAGCGUUCGAGAGCACGCUGAAGUCAUGGGAGGACAAGAGGAAGAUCGACAGCUACCGCGACAACAGGCCCCGCCUCAACUCCCAGCAGUCCAUGGAGUACCUGACUGAGGAGGAGUGCGCUCAGGUUCAGCAGCUGGGCAUCGUGGCCGACACACUCAUCAACAAGAUUCGCGAGGCAGCCAAGACCCACAAGCUGGUGGAGCAGGAGUUGGCUCACGCCGUCAACGCCACAGCCCUGGUGCUCACAGAGGCCAAACUGUCCAGCCCUGAGUGUCUUAGUCGCAGCACGGCGGUGGAAAUUGUCAACAGCAGUAAAGUUCUCCAGGCUGAGACGAGGAUGCUGCUUGAUGGAAAACUACUGUCGGAGUCUCCAGAGGAAGAGGAGCUUCGGUCGACUCUGAACAGCCUCAGUGCCGAGCUCCACAAGCUGGACGACAUCCACUGGAUCUGUCCACUCAUGCAGUGCUCCGAGGAGGACUCAAUGAGGGGCAGCAGUAAGAGCAGCAGUAUGAAGCUGAAGAUCAUACCCAAGGUGAAGAAGGAGAGAGAGAAGCUCCAUAAGCAGAAGUCCAACAGCUCUCUCUCAGGAAAUUGGGAUAUCAAAAGUGGGGCUGGUGAGGCAGAUUCCUCAGGCAAUUGAAGUCCUACAUGGGGUGCUAUAUUACUGCCCCCCCUGCCCCCUGUUACCCUGACAACCAGGGGUGAGGAGCACCCCUCCUGUUCUCCUCCCCUCUAAUCGCGAUACCCAGUGGCCUGACAGGGGUGUGAGGAACAAAAGGAAAAACCAUUUUCCCAACUUUUAUGCUAUUUCCUCCCUGUUUUACUUCUUUAUCCUCCAUUUUGCAGGGAGGAUUUUGUUUCGUCUAUUUCUUACUUUACGUUUUUUUUGAAGGGGCCUGGCUUUGCAUCGCAUUGCUUCACCAUUGGCGUUCUGCUUUUGGUUCUGUUUACCUGCUUGAGAUAGGAAGCCAGCAGCAAAUCAGAGGACAAGGGAGGCGUGGAACAGUUGCACGUUCUCGCAGACGUUUUUUUCGACAAAGAAUUGUGUUUACGUGGUGCUCUUCUUGCAUGUUGAGUGCAGCCAUCUUAUUUUAUAUUUAUCAUAAAUUGUUAAAAUCUUUUAAUUCGUUUCACUCUAACUUUAAUUGUUUUAUUUCUGAACUUAUGAAUAGCCUUUAGACUUUGAGUUUUCUCGACUUUCGAAGAAUAUUUAUUUCUUGUUGCUACUGCCAUGAGAACUCAAACGGCAACAAAUCAGCAAAAUGAACAAACUGAAACAUCUCAACCUUAUCGUCUACUGAACUGGGGAAUAUCUUAAAUGUUGCAAAAAAUGUACUGAGGAAUGUACUUGUGUGGACUUGUAUUAACCUGUGAAUAAUGAUAAUGUUAAAUGAUAAAUCAUAUUAGAUUUCACAAAGGUUCUACUGUUGUGGUUCUAAAGUGGUUCUUAAUAGGCUGUUGUCUGACUUGUGUUAUCCGAGGCUAUGCAGUCACGCUGCAAAAAUAAUGUUCUUUAUGAUGAGUCAUUUCAUCUGGAAUUCAGCCUUAUGAAAAGAUCAGACUCUGGGAUUUACAGUACGGUACACCACUCAUUUAUUAUCAAGGUCUAAAAUGUCACUUCUCAAAAAUCUCAUCCACGCUGCGUUUUUUCACUUGUUUUCAGAACCAUUUUGAGGUACAGUACCGGAUGAAAUGACUCCAUAAGUCAGAUUUUUUUGGCAGUGUAUGGUGAAGGUGUUUCCACAAGGAGGAAGCAUCAAAGACAAAUUAACAAAACAUUACAGCUAUUCAGUAUAUUACUCCUACUUUGCCAUACUCCUGGUUGUAUAUGUAAUAUAAGAGUCAGUGGAUUAUUGAUUUUGCCUUGUCAGUGGUUAAAAGCUAUUAUUAUCAUCAUUAUUAUUAUUAUUAUUAUUAUUAUUAUUAUUAUUAUUAUUAUUACAAAUAUAUAUAUCUAUUUUUUUGUAUAUCUUAUUUUCCCAAUGGUAAUGUUUGAAGCUGUCCCGGCUUUGCUGCUUCCCCCUUUGACAAACUCCUUGGCCACUGUGCAUAUAAUCGAAGCCAAUUAAUGCUGUUCUGUGUGUCCCUGCAUGCAUACUUAGCCUUCCUUCGCCUCACAGUGAGGGCAGAAGUUGCCUCAAAAUAGGGAAUUUUAGCUUGUUUAUUUUUUGUUUUAACCUGCUUACUGCACUAGAUGGUCUGAGUUUUACUGAGAGAACACUUAUUUAGCAAAAAAAAAACAACACACUUAUCUGUGAUGUACAAACUUCAAGAGGGUGUAUUGAUUUACACCCUAUCUAUCCACAGGGUUCUCCAAGCAGAUAGAUAUAACACACACCAAGAUUUCAUGUAUGUGAUUUAUUAUUUGAAAAUUAGCUACGGCUAAAGCAAGUACGUGAAAUGAUCUUGGAUACAUGUGUUGCUGUUCAGAAAUGGCUAAAAUAGACGUUUACAAGUUCUUGAGGCAACUUCUACUCAGGUUUUACAGUAAUGUUCUUGAUAGGAAUGCUCAGACAUUUUGGGAAAUUCGCUUAUUUGCUGUUACAGCAAGAUAGACAAGGUUAAUAUGUUUUUCAUCUCAGUGCACUCAGUAACGGGAGAGCUCCCAGACGUGCUUAGCAAAAAAAAAAAAAGCAAAAAAACCUAAGAAUUGGUAAAUAUUCACCAUCAAAAGUAAUAUACGCCUUCCAGCAACUUCCAAAAGGUGUUAUUUACGUGUAUCUUAUUAGCUAGCAAAUUAGCUACCAAGAAAUCCAAGAGUCAGCUGGGGUUUUAUGACGACAGGAUUUCUGAGAGGCUGUACUAUAUGCAGUCAAGAAAAAGCUCCAAUGUAUAACCCAAUUGCUUGGUAACAUUUUCUUUUACUAAAGGCGUUAAAUAUACACACAGUAGAUUAGUAGCAGUAGAAUUUUUACAAUUGUUGGAGUUUUUAUGGAAUUAGGCAAGCUGUUACUCCUGCUUCCAGUGCUUUGUCAUAAGGACAGAUGAAUUUUACGUAGUUCCUCUCAUAUAACGCUCUAUAAGACAGCCAAACUACGAAUUUCUUAAAAUGUCAAGAGUAUUAUUUUAAAAGUUUUAACUGCCAGGAUGUAAUGAGGAAGUAAUGUUCACUAGUCUAGAUUAAACCUGUGUCAAAUACGAGCUACAAAUGUUCAGAAGCUGUGCUGUCCCACAGGUGGAGUUAACUACAUCAUGUAAAGGUACUAUGACGAACCACAGAAAAGUAUUUAUUUUCAUGAUACACAACUUACCUAAACUUGUUUUGUUGUGAUGCAACUCCACCACUUUCAAAACUACCAAAAUGGGGCAAAACAUAAACGUUAACACUUUGAUUCACGUCUGAUCAAGACAGACAAAAACAGAUGUUUUUCGAGCUUUAACUUGGAUAUUACAUCCACGAACAAGGCUGUAAACCAUUUCUGUGCUUUUUCCCCAGUCAUGUAAAUGGUUGCUCCUUGAUUUUCUCAGUUAUUUACACGUUUAUUGAACUAACCCAAACUAACCCUUGAUAGGGCAGAGUUACUGUGAGGCGUUGUAGAUGUUCAGCUCUGGUAGGAUUGUGCUACUGUAUCCAUAAUGUGCCAGCUAUACGCUCUACACCUUAGAGGCUUUAGUGGUGUUGUGCCAAGUUUGUACUGAGUUCAGUGGGUUGUGAGACCUACAAGGUGUGUGAGAGUGCGUGAGCUUCAGAUGCGAACGUCAUUGUAUGUUGUACAUUUCAAAGUUUACUGUAUCUUGCCUUGCACUUUACAAAGAAGCAAACUUAAUGGGGGGAAAAAAGACAUUUGUGUGCAUGUGCGCGUGUGUGUUUAAGAUUCCGAGUGUUUGAGUGUUUUUUUUAAUUGAUUUGAUGAGAAAAAAAAAAUCUUUUAUGAUAAAUGUAUACGGACAAAAGUGUGUUGAUAAAAUGUAAUAUAUCUAACCAAACGCAAAAGAACGAUAAAUAUAUAGAGAUGUAUACACAAAUGUUUAUUACAUCAGUGGUUGUACAAUUACUCCUACAGCAGCUUGAGAUCUCCCAUUUAACGCCAAUGUUAUUAUAUGUGAUUGUGUGUCAUUCCACUGCCACAGCAAUGCCACUGAAAUGUCUUUCCGAUGUUAUACCAAUUGGUAUUGAAAUAGUAUUCUAAAAAUUUAACCGAUAUUAAAGUUAUUCUAACUUUAAGCCAAAGUUAUUGGAAUUCUCCAGUGUUAUCACAGACUACUGAUGAAUCGUUUACACAAAAAAAGAGAUGUCAUAUUCAGCCUACGUUUAGCCAAUAUUUGGGUGAACUUUUUGUGUAUAAUUUUUAAAUUGUAACAUCUAUUGAGAAAGUCUAAACCUUAUGCUUUAAGUAGCAUUUGUUGUGCCCAGAUUGGGGAGCACACAUUUGUGGAAGCCAUUUUGGGAUAUAAAAAAAAAAAAAGUUGCCUUUGUUUGGUCUUUUAACCAAGGAUUUCAUUUUUAUUUUUUUUUCCCUUUUUUUAAAAGAAUCAUAAUUUGUCUCUUUUUUAGUUACAGAGUGUUAAUUUUUUGACUGAAACUCUUCAAGGAGUUACAUGGAACUGAGAAGAAAAAUGAGCUGAGAAACUGAAAUGAACCCACAGAUUACAAACACCCCACCAUGUUUCUGCAACAGUAUUCCAUAGACAACAUUUGUGAACACACCCCCUGAUCUGAACAGCCUAUAUAUUGAGACUGUGUGCGCAAUGCUGGAAGCCAGACUAGAUGUUGCACGACCUUGUACAUUGCGAGGUGUUUUAUUGUGUUAUCGUGUGCAGUGUGUAACGAAGACAAAGUCAGCGCAAACCUUUGGAGAUUAAAUGAAUUAUUGAAGUGUGAA